GAUAAACUAUAGUGUAGAACUCACCAAUGUAGCACACGGAAUAAUUAGUUUCGAUUUUGAAGUCGCCAUGGGUACUGCUGAAGAAGAACCGUUGAAAACACAAACUACAAAACCUAAAGAAAGAACGUGGAAGGAUAAACUCAAAUAUGUUAAAGAGAAUAUAACUCUGGAACCAGUGCUUACAUGCUACGUAAUCCCAGGAGUUAUUUCAAGGAUGGCAACGCAGAAUUUGAAUCUGGAUAAAGCAUGUCGAGUUAACAAGAAUUUAGGUAAUAAAAUUUGUGACGCUUUAAUAGCUAAACAAGGAACCGAAUAUCAAAAAGAAGAAUUGGAAAUCCAAGAGCUCAUAGCAGCAAUGGAGAGCUGGAAGAAUGUUCUCCUGACAGCUAUACCGAGUUUUCUGAUAUUGUUUUUGGGAGCAUGGAGUGACAGAACGAGAAAGCGGAAAAUAUGUAUACUGUUGCCAAUAUUUGGAGAGUUGAUGACGUGUUUGAGUAAUAUUCUAAAUGCAUAUUAUUUUUAUGAAUUGCCAGUUGAAGUAACGAUGUUCUUCGAGGCGUUAUUCCCUGCUAUCACAGGAGGCUGGGCAGCUACAUACAUGGGUGCUUUUAGUUACAUAAGUGACAUAUCGAGUGAAGAGUCCAGAACAUUCAGAGUGGGCAUUGCUAAUUUAUGCCUCACGGCGGGGGGUCCUAUAGGAUCAGCAUUAAGUGGAAUUUUACUGGAAAAAAUUGGCUACUAUGGAGUGUUUACUUUGAGUGCUGUAUUGUAUGGAUUUAGCAUUAUAUAUGGGUUUAUAUACAUAAAAGACCCCGAAAGACCUGAUGCAAAAGAGAAUAAUCAGGAUGAACCGAAGGGCGUCCGUAAUUUCUUGAGGACCUUUUUCGAUGUGCAACACGUUAAGGAUACUGUAUCUGUGGCAUUCAAAAAGGGACCGAAUCAUAGAAGGGCUAAAUCUGUACUAGUUAUACUUAGUAUAAUAUUUAUAUACGGACCUGCUUACGGGGAGUACACGAUCCGUUACUUGUUCACCCGCUAUCGUUUCAACUGGGAUGCAGUUAAAUACAGCAUGUAUAGUACCUGUCAUAUCUUAACCCAUGCACUUGGUGCCCUAAUCUCAAUCAGCAUCUUCAGUCGUCGCCUCCAGUGGCACGAUUCGGUUCUUGGGAUCAUUUCUAACAUGAGCAAGAUCAUUGGUGGUAUUUGCACUGGGCUAUCAAGAAAUACUAAGGAAAUGUACAUUGCUGUUAUCAUCGAGACAUUUAAUGCAACAUCUUUUACGGCUCUAAGAUCUAUUUCAUCAAAGCUUGUCACCAAAGAUGAACUAGGUAAAAUGACGUCAUUAUUCAACUUGAUGGAAAUCCUGACGUCGAUGAUAUUUGGUCCCAUAUACUCGUGUGUUUACAAAUGGACUCUUAAAAUUGACACCAGCGUGGUUUACUAUCUAAGUACAGCUCUAACUGUACCGCCAAUUCUCAUAUUUGGAUGGUUUUUCAUGGAAUACAGAAACCAACGGCAAAAUAAAACAGAAGAAACGGACGAGAAGUUGGAAAAAAUGGAAAGUUUAGCUUUAAAUAGAAAAGAAUCUCUGUUGAGCAGCAUUGAAAUAGAUCUACCGGACGAGAAGGUUUUAUAGACAUGUCCUGAGAACAAUGUUAAUGUUGUUUUACAAAAUGUCCUGAAGGAUUACAAGGAUGCCAUGAUGUCCAACAGAGUGGGUUCCAAUAGAAACCCAGUUAAUAGCUACUGCUGGCCCACAUUAUGCAUAAUUGGGUUUAAUUUUGAGGACAGUUAUUUUCAUGUACAACUUAAUUUUCUUCUUGAAAAAACUUUUUUUUUCUUUGAAUAGGUUGGCCACAUUAGUAAUUAAUCCUUUAAUUAUUGUGUGUAUUUCCUUCUAUAUACUAUCUCCCCUGCAAAGCUUGCGGAGGUCAGAUGGGAGUCACUUCUUGUAAAAUCCUCUAUUUAGGAUCCAUGGUCAAAGGCUUAUAUACCUAAUCUCCGGAGUGGCGAGGAUGCAACCGGGACUACAUCGAGGAGAGACAACUUCAUGAACCGUAUUCUUGUUUGUUUGUUUGUAAUAUCUUUAUUGCAUAAAAAUUUACACAGUAACAAGAAAAUUCUAUCAUUCUUUGUUUCUUUUAUAUAUUAUCUGCAUCCCAUGGUUUAGCCAAGGCCAAGUCAGUUGUCACAAUACUCGAAGAACCAAGAUCAGCUGAAUUUCUUUUAUUUUAAAAUCUUCUUUUUUCUGAAACAGGUUGGGUAGAUGUUUCUCUUUGGUAUUUGCAGGGAUAUUUUUAACUCCCGACGAAAAUAACUACGGGGUGUUAUCGUUUUUGUGAUUUACUUUAUUCUGUUGAGCGUUGUUAACAAAUAGUACUUAUUACAAUUUGUGCUAUUACAAGUACUUUAUGAUAAAACAAAUAAAAAUGAAAGUAUUAA